AUGCGGGAAAAGAUGAACCAAGGUGAUGUCAAACUAAACCAAGAAGCAGAAAGAUUACGAAAAUUAGCUGUCACGGGCGUUGCCUUUUCGGUGAUCGCGGCAUUUGUCUGUAUUCUCACGGUUCCGAUUGUGUAUAAUUACGUGCAAAGUCUUCACAGUGUACUACAGAACGAGUUGGAUUAUUGUAAGUCUCGUUCAACAUCAUUAUGGCAACAAGUCUCAAGGACUCAACGGGCUCAUGGCGAAACCCGGCGUGCCAAACGCGACUACUUAGGAUAUUCGGCGACGCCACUCCGGAAUACUCGUGAAUUACAGCGUGACUAUCAACAUGAAGCGGAGACUUAUUAUGCUGCUUCAAGUGGAAUCCGCUACAGUACGGAUGAGCGGGAAAACCGAAAACCAACGGAAUCUCCAAUUCCACUUCCGGAAACCUACACAUCAACAAAAGCACCAAAAGCACCAGUGGAAACCCGUGUGCCCGCCUCCGAUUAUCGUCGAGAGUUCAACGACGACUCCGCCGGCGCGAAGGUUCCGGAAAGUAAGGACGACUAUGAAAAGGAAGGCUACGAGUCGCGGUCGAGUCCUGGAUGCGGAUGUGGAGUUGGAGCCCCAGGAGCCACGGGUACACCCGGAAGGGAUGGUGUUGAUGGAACAGAUGGAAUACCCGGAGAGGACGGCAGCCACGGAGUAGAUGCUCCAGAUGAUUCGACAAUCCAAGGCUACGAUUUUUGCUUCCAAUGCCCAGAUGGGCCGCCGGGGCCUCCAGGACCAGCUGGAUACAAGGGGCAACCUGGUAUGGUUGGAGAGCCAGGAAUUCAUGGUGAAAGCGGACAACGAGGCCCGAUCGGGCCAACCGGUCAAGUUGGACAGGCUGGUGUACCUGGGCCCCUGGGCCUCCUGGACGGCUCCGACAAUCUGGACAGACGAUCGAACGGGAUGGACCGCCUGGAGAACCUGGACUUCCAGGCCCUACCGGACCCAGAGGACCACCCGGCCCCGAAGGUCUCCCCGGUAUCCCGGGUAUUUCCGGACCACAAGGAGCCCGGAGACCCCGGAAACGAUGGAAUCCCCGGAAAACCCGGCAAAGACGGCAAACCCGGAGCUAAGGGACUUCGCGGAGAAACUGGCACCUGCACUCAUUGCGCUCCUCCCCGGACAGCUCCUGGCUAU